UGCAUCCACCGAGAUAACGCCGACAUGGUUACGUGGGCGUGGUUUCCGGUCAUUGGUCUGUUGCUGGCAGCAGCGACUGGCCAGGAACCUAAAACACGAGAUGAGAUUCGACCACAGGUGUCGGCGACCAAACAAGAACUGGUUGGCUCCAUCAAGCUGCUGGGACAAUUGCAGCCACCUCGACCGUUCGUGCCCAAGAAUCUACCGGGCAUUAUCGCGCCAAUCGAAAGAAAUCAGAAGAAACGACAGCUGGCCGAUCUCGGGCUAACCUUUCCAGAGCCAUUGUUACCACUAAAUGGUCAAACUCCACUUCCACUUCUCGAGACAACUUUUGGCGCGGGUUUCGAUGCCAGUAUCGUUUCAUCACGUCGAAUCACUCCGCAACCAAAGCAGAUUAUCACGCGGAUAACCGAGACAUCACCGUCGCUUGGUCAUGUCACAAUCGUGACCCCACCGAUUCCUAGAUUACGACGUAGAAUUCAUGAUUUCGACAGGUCAUUCCAUCAUAAAUCCCAUUCCUUCCACCAUAAACACGGACAUCAUCACGGACAUCAUCAUGAUCAUCAUUCGCAUCAUGACCACCAUGAUAAGCACGGCCAUCAUCACGAACACAAGCAUCAUCAUGGUCAUGAACAUAAGCACGAGCAUGGUCAUCAUGAAGAACAUAAACAUCACGAAGAUCACAAACAUCAUCAAGAUCAUCAUCAUCACCAUGAUCAUCAUCAUGAUCACGGACAUAAACACCAUUCUGAUCAUAAGCAUCAUCAUGGCCAUGAACAUAAGCAUGGACAUCACCACAAACACGGUCAUAAGCAUGGUCAUGAGCAUAAACAUCAUGAAGAGCAUAAGCAUCAUCACGGACAUCAUCACCAUUCAAAGCAUGAACACCACGAAGAACAUAAACACCAUUCUGAGCAUCACCAUCAUCAUAAGCAUCAUCAUCAUAACGAGCACCAUCAUCACCAUGACCAUCAUCAUGUUAACGAGCAUCAUCAUCAUCACAGUCAUAAGGAAACUGAGAAACAUCAUCAUCAUCAUGGACACGAUCACAAAGCGCAUCAUAAGCACGAGCAUAAGGAGGAACAUAAGCAUCACCACGGACAUGAGCACAAGCACGGCCAUCACGAAGAACAUCAUCACGCUCAUCAUGAGGAUCAUCACCACAAACACGGACAUGACCAUAAACAUGGACAUCACGAGGAUCACAAGCAUCAUCAUCACGAAGACCAUCAUCACAAACAUGGCCACGACCAUAAACAUCAUCAUGAUCAUCAUGAGAAUCAUCAUCACGAUGAGGAUCAUAAGCAUCACGAGGGACACGAGCACAAACAUCAUCACAAGCAUCACGAAGAUCAUAAGCAUCACGAAGAUCACCAUCAUAAGCAUGGACAUGAUCAUCAUCAUAAGCAUCAUGAGGAUCAUCACCACCAUGUGGUCGAAAAUCACGAUCACGAGCAUUACAAAAGUUCCGGCCAUCAUUUCGAAUCCCCGCCUGUUCAUGAAGAAUUCAUACUCUCAGAAGAAAGCGCAGCGAUUUCAGUGACACCGCCUUUAAAAGACGUUCUAAAGAUCGCAAAAUCACCGAAAGUGAGAGAAUCCGUAGAGCACACGGAGAUUGCGCAAGUUUAACAUAUAUGAAUUAUAACAUAAUACGACAGGGUUGCUUAGAAGCAAAAUGUAUAAAAUCAAUUACUUAGAAACAAUAUAUAUCAACAAAAAUUAAAA